UACUCAAAAAUACAAAAUUUCAAAAAAAAAUGCUUUUGCAAAUAAUUUUCUUAUCACUCGCCUUUGCAUUUUCAACAUCCGCUUUGAAAGUUGAAGGCCCAUGUCGCUACAAUGAAAUAACGGUAAUGAAAAAUUUGGAUUUGAAUGCCUAUUCGGGCUUGUGGUACGAAAUUGAGCGUUAUGAUUUGCCUCUUCGUCAAAACUCGGAUUGCAUUAAAUUUGACAUUAAAAGUGAAAAUGGAAAUGAAAUUUAUUCUACGGAAACUGGAUUUAAUUAUUUCAAUGGACAAAAUUAUGAAAUAAAAGGUCAAGGAAUGAAGGAAGAUGGAGUUGAUGCGAAAUUGCGUUUUUGGUAUGAAAAUCAACAAGAGCCUCAAGACACGAAUUAUUGGGUUCUCGACACAGACUACAAAAACUUUGCUAUCGUUUGGGGUUGUAAAAAUUUAGAAGAUGGCAAUUCUGAGGAAUACUAUACCUUAAUGUCACGCGAAAAAAAGAUCACUUCAAAUCGUGAUGUUCGAAAACGAGUCAUGGAAGUUAUAGAUCAAGCGGAAGUUGAUGUCAGAUACAUUCGCAUUACAGUUCAAGAAGAUGAUGUGUGCUAA